CAGGGCAAUAACAGGACGGAGCGGUGAGAGGAAGAUGGCGGCAGAGGUGCCUCGGUUGUCGGCCUCCUGCGGCCUUUUUGUGCUCUUUGCAGCGUUGUCGAUGCUGGGGCAGGGCGAGUCGUUUGGCACCUUGAACCUGCACGAGCUCAGCGAGCUGAAAUAUGGCAUUGAGAUCGGCGCGGAGCCUGUGAUGGUCGGGCAGAGUAAGGCCACUGAUGUAGUAACCAUCUCUUCCAAAUACAAGCAGAAGUAUGAGUGUCGACUACCAGCUGCUGCAAUGAAGAUCCAUCAAGACAAAGAGGAGGAUCCACAGGGUUACACUGGACUUGGGAUCUCAGAACUGCUGAAACCAAUGGAAGCGGCUCCAUGCCUUAUUAAAACUAAAGACUGGUGGACGUAUGAAUUCUGCUAUGGGAAACACAUCCAGCAAUACCACGUAGAAGAAUCUGAAGUCAAAGGUGACAUUCUUUAUCUUGGGUAUUACCAGUCUGCAUUUGAUUGGGACAAUGAAACAGCAAAGGCAUCAAAGCAACACAAGUUGAAGCGGUAUCACAGUCAGACCUAUGUCAAUGGAUCCAAGUGUAACCUGAAUGGGAAGCCCAGGGAGACUGAAGUCAGGUUUUUGUGUGAGGAAGGUUCGGGAGACUACAUUGCCCGUGUUGAUGAGCCUCAGUCCUGUUCCUAUGUGCUGACAAUCCAUACCACCCGCAUCUGCCACCACCCGUUUCUGCGGCUGCCAUCCACAGCCACCCCUCAGUCCAUCCGUUGUCAUCCAGCCCUCAGCCCUGCUGAAUAUGUGGAAUAUGUCAAGGCCCAAGUAUCUGAUACCAAGCGCAAAGUGGAGGAAAUUUCGGAAGAGCUGAAGACUCUAGACACACAGCUGUGGAAUGAGCAAGCUGCCAACACUGCUACUCAGGAUUCCAAUGAAAAUGGAGGAAGAACCAGGGAUGAAGACAGCAGACAGUCACCUGGCAGAUUUUAAGAAAAAGAUACAUUUCAAAGUUAUUCGAAACCCCGGGGAGUUGGUGCAGUUUAUUCAGGAGAUGAAGGCGAAUGCCCAGAAGGGCAAAGAGAAGGCUGGUGAAUCUGAAGACACGAUGCAAGAAAGCUCACCCGAAAUUAAGGCAGACCCAGAAGCGGGACACCCUGAAGAUGGAGCUCAGGAGAAUGAAGAAGAUGAAGAAGAUCUACUAGGGAAAUUUGAGAAGGAAUUGGAAGACAUUCUGCUACCUAAGUCUGAAAUGGCCAAGCUGAAGGAAGAAGUGAAAACCGAAAUGGAGAAGGAGUUUGACAACAUCAUUGAUGAGGUUGAGGACGAACUGGGAACAAAAAGCCUGAAAGGUGAGUUUGACCGAAAACAAGCCUCCAAGUCUUUGGCUUCUACCCUCAAUAAACUCAUUGACAAGCUGGAUCCUGGCCAAGCCCCACAAGAAGAAGAAAAGGUUCAAAAGCAGCAGCAGGAGGAGGAGGAGGAGGAGGAGACGGCAGAGGAAGAACGGGAGGAGGCAGUCGUGGAGAGCAAUAGUGCUAAAGAAAACCCACCAAAGCCAAGUCCUGAUGGCGACCCAGAUGGGCGCGUGAAUGUCAGGGUCACUAAAGUAAAGCCAGGUGGUACUCAGCAGAAGGAGUUGCGAGUCCAAGAGAUGAGCAGGGACAACCCACAGCUGCGCCACAUAGAGAGUGUGGUUAAGGACCUCUUGGAGAAGGAAGGCCUGAAGGCAGAAGGCAAAAUUGAAAUCAAGAUUGUGACAACUGGUGGUUUUGGAGAUGACGAUGACACCCAUUGGCUCUCAGAAGAAGACACCAAGAACCUCAAAGACAUUUUCUUCAAUAUUUUGAUCCAGGGCACAGAGGAAGCACAUAAAGAACAACGACGGCAACGCCAACUGGAAGACAACUAUCGUUUUGUGUGGGGGCGCAACCAGGAAGAGCUCCCUAGCAGUGGUGGGACUGAAUCAGAUGACUUAGACUUCUGAUCUUUUGCCAAUCUUCAGAACUCUGGCAUUCGUGGAAGUUCCUUUGCAGGAUUUGGCAGGCACCGUUUCCCUCAUGUGCAUCAGGAGGACCAAUGUGUUUUGUUGUUAGAAUCUCAGUUGAAUGUGCAUAAGACAUUGGUAAGCCCAAGGUGAGCACCACUCAGAGCUGUGAAUUGUCUCCUUUAGAGCUAUUGCUUCUAGGGCAAACCACUGCGACAUUUCCUCCCGCACUUUAAUGGCUUCUGUAGGCUGCCUCAAAUGGAGACAGUGGCAUUUCUUCAGGUUCCAGGCUUCCUCCUUUUUUCAAACUAUUGGCCUCAGCAUCGGUGCCCAAAUCUUGGCUUCAAAAUGAUUAAAGACAUGCACAAAAGAGAAUGAAAGAGAGGAGCCCCAUACAAAAAAUUCCCACCGGUUCACCUCAAGUGUGAAUCAAGUUGGAGAGCUAAAACUGGUGCCCUUCAGUUUCUAAAGCCCUCAUAAAUUGAAAGAAUCUCAUGUUUCUAUGUCUCACCUGUGUGCCUUGAAACGUCAGAGGAGAGGACACUCUUUCCUUGUGCUGUGUUGACCUCCUCCCAGCAGUUUAUUUUUCUUUAGGUCUGAAUGUUUGAGUUGCGAGCAAAUCUGCUUCAGCGUACAGGCUGUCCCUUGACUUAUCUUCAUUCUGGAGCAGAAAGUUAGGACACAUCCUGUGUGUACUGAAUCAGCAAAGAAAUGUGGUGGAGGGUUGGGAGAAAAGCUAUUGUAGGCUGAUCUUCCUAGCCACGUUGUUUCACAUACUAAAGGGCCUUAGACACAGGAGUAUGUGAACUGCAUUAAAAAUGCUUCCUUUGUAACAAAGAUUCAUGGAGGUACGGGACUGGCUGUUCCUUCUGUGAAGUCUCAAGAAGUGAAGCCAGCUGAAAUUUGUGAUUUAUUUCCAAUGUUGUUGAAUAGUCUGGGCUGCUGCAUGGGUGACUGGAGGUGAGAAAUUGUGGCCCAAGGGAAGCAGCAAGGCUGAAGAAAUAAGUGUCGCCUUCCUUCACACAACCAGGACAAAUCACAGUUCAUUUUUCUAUCAAUAAAUCCAGAUGAACCCGA